UUUUAGAGAAGUUGCAACAGAUAUUUCUUUUGUAGAUACUCAAGACUCCGCGCUCACUCGUUUAUGGCGUAGUAGUUACUAUAUCUGAAAAAAAAACAUAGGAAAUGGCGGUAAUAAUAUCUAGCAACUUCUACACCAUUACCAGUCAUUCUUACUUCCACAAUCACACCAAUAAUCAAACAAAGUUUCGCAUUAGUUGCAGAAAUCCAAUUCUCUCUCCUCCUCCUCCUCAUCAUCGUCGCAGAUUAUGCGCAUGUCAAGCAUCAUCAAAACCUAACAAUGGCGAUUUUCACGAAGCAGAAGAACAACGAUGGCUUCGCGAAGAGCAGAGAUGGCUACGAGAAGAACAACGAUGGCUUCGCGAAGAAGCUCGCUGGAAUACCGAACGUCAGUCUCUAUUACGCCAAAUAUCCGAAUUAUCGCUUCAAAUUCAACAUUUACAAUCGGAAUUAGAUAGUCUUCGUGAAAAUCGCAGCAAUUCCGCCGAUUUUGAGGUGACGCUAACAAAAAUGGCGGCGCUUUUGGAAGCUAAGAGUUCGAUUGUCGAGUUUUCUGACACGAUUUCGAAUUCAGAGUCGGAUGUAACGAGUUUGGAUUCCAUUGAUGAAAUUCCUUCUGUCAAUUCUAUGGAAUUCGAGGAGGAGAAAAAAGAGCCGGUACGAAAUGCAACUUCAAGUUUAAGUUCGAGUUCGAGUUUGAGAAUGGGAGCUGAAGGAGAAGAAGUUCGCGCUUUACAGGAAGCAUUGAUGAGUUUAGGAUUUUAUUCUGGAGAGGAGGAUAUGGAGUUUUGUAGCUUCUCUAGUGGUACUGAAAGAGCUGUUAAAACUUGGCAAGCCUCAAUAGGCAUUCGCGAAGACGGAAUGAUGACUCCCGAGCUUCUUGAACAAUUGUAUUCGUCUCAGGAAAUUCAAAGUUCUAAACCGAAAGGUGAAGGAAACGGCGUUCUUACUAACGUGAAGGAAGUUCAGCAGACAGUUGUGAAGAAAGUACCAGCUGAUGCUGAAGUACCUGAGAACCGAGUAUUCCUUCUUGGUGAGAAUCGGUGGGAGGAGCCUUCAAGGCUAAAUAGAGGAACUGAUAAAUCAGGCAGUGGAGUCAAGGCUCAAUCUUCUGCUCCAAAAUGCCUUCUUUGUCGAGGAGAGGGUCGUCUACUGUGCAUGGAGUGUGAUGGAACUGGGGAUCCACAUAUUGAAGAACAGCAGUUUCUGGAUUGGGUGGAAGAAGGAGCAAAAUGCCCUUAUUGUGAAGGCCUUGGAUAUAAUAUCUGUGAUUUAUGUGAAGGGAAAAGUGUUGCCUAGGUGCAGGCUGGAAUAUUUUUGAUCCCUUGCUGUUGUGUCCAAGCAGCCAAUGUUGUGAGAUGUUGUACCUUAUAUAGGUGCUGCCACGCUGAUUUGAUGAUAGCUUGAGGAGUGAGGAGAUUAUGAGUUGGUCAUGGCUCUCUUUAAAUAAAAUUGCUUGGACAAGCUAUUAUCAUUCCAUGUAAAUUAUGCACAGAUUACUAUUGUCAUUACUUCAAGAUAUGUUGCUAUGCCAAACACAUUGUCAGAGUUAUGAAUAGAUAGGCUCAAGUCUUCUUCUUUUGACGUGGAAAACGUACAUGAAACAAAAUUAGUAGUACAUAAAGCAACAUGGAAGUAUCAAUGGGCGUCGAAGGGGAAACUCGUGUUCCGAGAGGCCUUGGCUAGAUCAUGAGCAGCUGCAACAUCAGCGUGUGACACUUUCAUUAUGCAACACCCUUUGAGAGAUGCCGCAAGACGUUUGAUAUCUAAUAGGGUGUGCUUGAGGUAGAUAUGUUGGGUCAAGGCCGAACCCAAGGUAGUGACGAGGUUUGCUGAGUCCGUGUAAACCAGGACAUUUUAAAACGAGUUAUUGGUCGCCCAUAGAAGGCACAGACGGCAAGCUUGAGCUUCAACUUGGAAGCCCGUAGCCGCCUUCAUCACAUGACUCUCUUGAACUUGGUAAUCCGAGUAACUAAUGUCCGCUCGUGGUGCGAAUUCUUGUUCCAAGCUCCGUCGCAUCGUAUAAGGACGUCAGUGGCCGUACCAAUGAACAGCCCAUAGGCUCAAGUAAUUAGGAGACAAGUAAUACAUUUUAAACUAUACCUAGCAUACUGACCAUAGAUAUAAAACAGGUCCUGUGUAAUUUCAUAGUGGUGGCCUGGUGGGGUUAUGAUAUAAGGCGUGUUUUUUUGUAGUAUUUUUUUUUUUCGAUAGUGUGUUUUUCUAGUAGUUUUGAUAAAAUUUUCAUGCAUUAUGAUGAUGCAUAUCAGAUAUAAGAUGUUUUGUGCAUAGUGUAUACUGUAUAGUGUAUACUAAUGCAGUAAACAGAACCAGGUAGGAGCUGCAACUAGUUGGUCUUCGGAUCAGUCUUCUUGCUUAGUUUGUUAUAUCUAGAGUCUACUAUGUACUAUCACUUGUUAGAAGAGCUUAAUACAAGUUUCAGUAGAACUUCAUUGUGAUUUGUGAAGUUCUAUCAGAAGGCUUUCCUUAGUUUAUACCCUUUUCUGAUAAAAUUAGAGUCUAGUGUCUAUGUUGAGAUACCAUCAGUGUCGUGAUUGGUGGAGGAGCUAGGAAACUAAAGGAUCGGUAAGACGAACUAGAAAGGCAAACUAAAUUCUGGGAGGUUUCUUUUCCUUUGUUUUGAAUUUUGAUGCGUUAUGCCGUUAUUAUCUGACCAUGUAACACCCAAAUUACAAUGUCUUUCUCAAGUGAACAAUCAUCAGAUUGUACAAUCUGGUGACUGGUGAGUAGUUAGGAUUUAUUCUGAAGACCACGUCUUUCAGACUAAAUCCUCACUUUUGCUACCGCUAAGUGCAGUAGCAGUAGUGAGUAGUGACUAAAUAUUCCAAGAUCUCGGAUCGAAUCGUUAUUUCCUCACUUUUGCUAGACAGUAGCAAUAGUCAGGAUUUAUUAGUAUUUACGAGACUGCUACUUUUAUCUGGUGAGGAUGUACCAAUGUGUCUGUGUAGAUGUCUACAACGUUAUUUUAGUUUCUAACAUAUAGCAUUGACACUGUUCUUUUCACAUAUGAAAACCACAUUUUAAGUUUCAUUAAGCUCACGUAAAGUCUUUGUGAAAUUAUUAAAGGUUCACCUAAAGCUGAAAGUGCAAUUAUUACUAACAAACUUGUAGUCGAAUUAGUUUUCUGACAUGGUGCUGGAGAAACAAAAACUGGAUCUGCUGUGCUAAAAUCUUUGGAUUCCCUGUAGCUGAUAGCUAAUAAUUUCAAGCUUCGAAUUCAAUGUACCAUACAGGCCGGUGCUAGCCUUAUCUUUUCCUAUCGUCAUAAUCUUGAAUUACAUCCUUAAUUCAGCCCACUUGAUUAAGUAGGUCAAUUAGGUUAUCCUUUAUAUUAAACUAGUCUGAUAUCCACGCAAUGCGUCGAAAAAUAUAUAGAAAAUUAAAUUAAUUGUGUAGAAGACUAUCUUGCAUUUUGUUUUCUUAAAAAAUUAAUGUUUUUUUUUUCCCAUCUCUAUUUUCUGGUGUUUUCCAUGUAGUAUAAUAGAAAUAGGAUUUUUAAGCCAAGUUACUAAUUAUAGAGUACUGAUUGGGCUGUUGUGUUGGUUCGACUUUUGUCAGUUCUAGUUUCUCCUCUUUUUCCACCCAUGUUAUCCACUUUUUAAUAUUUUGACCCAAUUUUUAGUUUUAUUCACUUUUUAGUUUCUCUUUCUACCUAUACUUUUGGGCUUCCUCAUCUCCUCCAAAGUGAAGUGAGUAAAUUAAAAAGAAACAUAACAUUUAAUAGGAUAGUUUUCUUGUUGUUUGAGCAUUUUCCAACUUGAACUUGAACAAUUGAGAGCCUAGUGGACCCUAAAUUGCCAAAUAAAGUAUUCUUAAAAAGAGGGAAUAAAAAAAAAAAAAACCCAUUUGUAUAUGAUU